AUGCGAAGCAUGCGGGUGGCAUUGAAGCACUUCCUGUACAAGAUCAACGAGGUUGAUUCGGAUAUGUGCGAUUGCCUCGAGGGCUCACACACUCCAAAGCAUGUGCUGCUGCGGUGUCCGCGUUUCGUUGACGAACGCAAGGAGAUGAUGGAUAAGAUCUGUGCAAAGACCGAUCUUAACAAACGUGGGGAAUUGUCAAUUUACGAGGCCAUUGUGUCUCACCCGUGCGCGACUCGCUACGUCGCCGAAUUCAUGCUUCAAACAGGCCGUCUAGGGCAGUUCCGCCACUGCGAAGUGGAGGAUGAGCCCGAGUCAAGCGAUGAAACAACAGACCAGGAAUGA